AUGGCAAUGUCUCUCAUCCAAGCGUGCCGCAGUCUGGCUCUCUCAACAUGGCUGCUUUCCUUUUGUUUCGUACAUCUGCUCUGUCUGGACUUCACCGUGGCCGAGAAGGAGGAAUGGUACACCGCCUUCGUGAACAUCACCUACGCCGAGCCGGUGCUGGACCCAGUGGUCGGGGCGGCUGGCGGCGGCGGCGGCGGCGGCGCGGAGCUGCACACGGAGAAGACCGAGUGCGGGCGCUACGGAGAGCACUCGCUCAAGCAGGACGCCCGCGGGGAGGUAGUCAUGGCCAGUUCAGCCCACGACCGCCUGGCCUGCGACCCCAACACCAAGUUCGCAGUCCCUAUCCAGGGCAAAAACUGGAUAGCUCUCAUCCCCAAGGGCAACUGUACCUAUCGGGAUAAGAUCCGGAAUGCGUUCCUCCAGAAUGCCUCUGCCGUGGUCAUCUUCAACGUGGGUUCCAAUACCAAUGAGACCAUCACCAUGCCCCAUGCAGGCGUAGAAGACAUAGUGGCCAUAAUGAUACCUGAGCCGAAAGGGAAGGAGAUCGUGAGCCUGCUGGAAAGGAACAUCACCGUGACGAUGUACAUCACCAUUGGGACCCGGAACUUACAGAAAUAUGUGAGCCGCACCUCGGUUGUGUUUGUCUCCAUCUCCUUCAUUGUCCUGAUGAUCAUUUCCCUCGCAUGGCUGGUCUUUUAUUAUAUCCAGAGAUUUCGAUAUGCAAAUGCCAGGGACAGGAACCAGCGCCGACUGGGAGAUGCAGCAAAGAAAGCAAUCAGCAAGCUCCAGGUCAGGACCAUCAAGAAGGGGGACAAGGAAACAGAGCCUGAUUUCGACAACUGUGCUGUCUGCAUUGAAGGGUACAAGCCUAACGAUGUGGUCAGGAUCUUACCCUGCCGGCAUCUUUUCCACAAGUCCUGUGUUGACCCCUGGCUUCUAGACCAUCGUACCUGUCCCAUGUGCAAGAUGAACAUUCUUAAAGCCCUAGGGAUCCCGCCCAAUGCCGACUGCAUGGACAACUUGCCCGUUGACUUCGAGGGCUCUCUGGGAGGCCCACCGACCAAUCAGAUCACAGGUGCCAGCGAUACGACAGUGAACGAGAGUUCAGUUACUCUGGACCCUACUGUCCGGACUGUGGGAGCCUUGCAGGUAGUCCAGGAUUCAGACCCCAUUUCCCAGGAAGGAGAAGUCAUCCUCACUACCAACAGUGAACAGGAGCCGGCUGUAAGCAGUGAUUCUGACAUCUCACUGAUUAUGGCAAUGGAGGUUGGACUGUCUGAUGUAGAACUUUCCACUGACCAAGACUGUGAAGAGGUGAAGUCUUGA